CCCAACUCCCCCAGCUCCCCCUCCACCAUCACCACUGUCCCUCCAACUUCUCCACGCCUUCCACUACACCUUACAUACCAAUCUCCCUCCACCACUAUCCCACAAACACCUCACCACCCACCACCGGCGCGCGCGCCACCAACCACCUCCCAAAAUGACAUCCCGCCUCGUCCUCGUAAUCGGCGACCUCCACAUCCCCGACCGCGCAAUCGACAUUCCCGCAAAGUUCAAAAAACUCCUCACCCCCGGCAAAAUCGGGCAAACCCUCUGCCUCGGAAACCUCACCGACAGCGCAACCUACACCUACCUUCGCUCCAUCUCUCCCGACCUCAAGCUCGUCCGGGGCCGCUUCGAUGCCGACGCUCCCUCCCUUCCGCUUUCCGGGGUAGUAACGCACGGGAGUCUGAGAAUUGGGUUCCUGGAGGGGUUUAGUGUGGUGGUGCCGGGGGAGGCGGAUGCGUUGCUGGCGGAGGCGAGGAGGUUGGAUGUUGAUGUGCUUUGUUGGGGGGGGACGGGGAGGUUCGACGCGUAUGAGUAUGGGGAGAGGUUUUUUGUGAAUCCGGGGAGUGGGACGGGGGUGGGGGGGGGGGAGGCGAGUUUUUGUUUGAUGGAUGUACAAGGGAUUUCGCUCACGUUGUACGUGUAUCAGCUUAAGACGGAUGAGAAGGGCGCGGAGAGCGUGGCGGUGGAGAAGGUGACGUUUACGAAGAAGGUUGAGGCGUGAGAGAAAUACACAUAUGUGGAGGAUACGAGAUAAUACAAUUACAGUUCCGGGUUCAGGCAUGCUCGAAUCGAUUGUGUUAAUGUCCUGGGGGUGGAGAAGGAGCUUCAUUUUAUGGCAUGGCUUCCACCGUCGUUGAAAUGCGUGGUUAGGGACCAGACAACUGAUAUCACAGCACCAUUACAUUCAUCAUCCCUAGGAGUCAAUUUUUAUUCUUGUUAUUUACGUCUCA